GCGAAAUGACGCCGAGUGAUUUUUAUAGAAGAACUAUGCAAUUUUCAACUCCUCCCAACUAGCAACCACACAGAUGUCGUCCUUCUCAGAGAGAUACUCCUGAUCAUGAGAUUGACCUUGACUAGCUGCCAGAAAACAUAUAAUCGGAGGAAUGAUCGAGCUCGGUCUUAGUCGCAUAUCCCGUCUCCUUCAGCAGACGCCUUUGACCUGGAAGGCCAUCCACAUCGCUGGGACAAAUGGCAAAGGCUCGAUCAGCGCUUACUUGUCUCACCUAUUGACUUCCGGUGGAGUUCGCUGUGGCCGCUUUACCUCACCUCACCUGAUAGACCGAUGGGAUUGCAUCACCAUCGGUGAAAGCGUGGUCCAAGAGUCCUUAUUCCGGCAGAUUGAAGAAAAGAUUAAGUUGCGGGAUCAAACAUUGGGCAUUGGAGCAAGCGAGUUCGAGUUGUUAACCGCCACGGCAUUCGAGAUCUUUAAUCAUGAACGGGUUGAUAUUGGUGUGGUUGAAGUGGGCAUGGGCGGUCGGUUGGACGCUACGAAUAUACUGAACAAUGUGCUCGUAUCUAUCAUCGCUAAAAUAGGUCUGGAUCACCAGUCGCUGCUUGGAGACACCCUAGAAGAGAUCACUCGGGAGAAAGCCGGUAUCUUGAAGCGGGGGGUUCCUUGCGUGGUCGAUGGAACGAACCUACCAGCAGCCCUCUCGACUAUUGAAGAGCGUAUCAAGGAACUUGGCAUCGAUGCUAUUUACACUCGCCCCGAUGCGCCGGAUGGGCACUCAUCGGCGCUUAGUCAGCUUUUCCAGCAACAUGAUGUACAGCCUCACCAGCGGGCGAAUAUGUGUUGCGCAAUCUCAGCUUUAAAGCUGGCCCUCCGGAGAGUCCGUCCAGAUACCAGGGUUGAUUCUUUGGUUUCUCAGCUCUCUCGUGUCGAGUGGCCAGGACGUCUACAAGAAAUCGUGCUGAAUCCUAUGGUUGCUCGCACAGACUCUGUCCUCCUCGAUGGCGCUCACAAUAGCCAGUCAGCCGAAGUCCUCGGGCAAUACGUGGACUGUAAGCUUCGACCUCACGGGAGUCCUGUCACCUGGGUCAUCGCAGCAUCACGUGGAAAAGACAUAGCCUCUUUAUUUCACCCUAUCAUCAAGGCUGGUGAUAAUGUUGCAACUACUGCGUUUGGGCCCGUCGACGGUAUGCCCUGGGUCAAAGCAAACGAUCCCCAGGAAUUGGCCUCCAGUGUGCGGUCUAUUUCGGCAAUCGGAGAUGUGGAAUCAUUUGAUAACGACAUACUUUCUGCCAUCAAUUGGGCCUGUAGCAAGGCCAAUGGCGGUCCCAUGGUUAUUGCUGGAAGUCUUUACCUCGUUUCAGAUGUUCUCCGUCAUCUUCGAGAGGCGCAGAAACAGUCAGAAAACACCACUGAGUCGUGAUAGUUUUAUAACCGAAGAUACCCUUUUAGCGCCCGGACUUCUCUGUACAUGAUUGACACAGACUCAAGGGUCUUCUUGGAAUUGAGAUUAAGACCAUUCUCUUUCUUAUAUAGACAAAGUGUAAUAUAUAAAUGGCAUAGCUCCUUUUUUUUUUUUCU